AUCAGUUGAUAUAAUACUACCAGCCUGUUAUGAUCUAUUGGAUAAUACCGACAAGACAACCGUAUACUAUUACCGUUUUGAAGUAACUGUUUUGAGAUUAACUCGUAAUAAUGCAUAUUUUAAUCACUUCGUGUCUGUUAAUUGUUUGCGGAAUUGUUGAUGCAACUUUUUAUCUCCAAAGAGGCCAGCCAUUUAAACAGUUGAACCAAAGGCGACAGAGAUCUUUAGGAUUACCAUAUCCUUAUGGAUAUAAUUACAAUCCAAUAGAGCCAUCAAUUGAUAUCUCGGAUAGUUCAAGCGAGACAUUCGAUUCCAAAAUUAACUCGUACAAACCAAUACACCAGUAUGUCAAAAUGUCUACCCAUGAUACGAAUUCGGUUCCAAGAACUUAUUCUUAUCCAAUGAAUCCUUUCUACGAUUCCGAGUACACUCCUAUACAGAACAUCCCUAAGUUAAUGCCAGAAGAUACCUAUGAUUACAAAUACAUCUCUGAACCAUGGAACAAAUAUCUAACACAGUCAUUAACACCAGGAAGUGACAAUGCCAUUGACUUAUUGUCUAUCAGAAAACAAUCUGCCUUCAGCUUCGGAUUUCCAACUUACAAAUUUCCAGACACAUUGGAAUCUGUGUUAAACUUUGAUCCAAAAAUUCUAAGUUCCUUCUCCGCAAAUUCUCAGUCAGAAGAAAUGGAUCCAGAGAUUUCAAAAAUACCAUCUCCUACAGUAAUAAUAGUAAAAUUAUUACCUGAAAAGAGUGAAAAGUCUGCAGAACAAGAAUCGACCGCCAUGAUAACAGAAAAUCCCUAUAAUAUUAAAAAUUACUUCUUAAAACUAUUGACAAAAAAACUAAUUUUUACACAAAAACCAGUUAAAGAUGAAUCGAUUUAUGCUGAAGAAACCCCGACUGAAAACGAUUCGAACUCUAUGGUGUUUGAAGACAACCCGACAGAAGACGAAUCGAAUGCUAUUACAACUGAAGACGAAUCGAAUGCUAUUACAACUGAAGACGAAUCGAAUGCUAUUACGACAGAAGAGGAAUCGAAUGCUAUUCCGACAGAAGAGGAAUCGAAUGCUAUUCUGACAGAAGAGGAAUCGAAUGCUUCUGCAACAGAAGAAAACCAGACUGAAGUCGACGAAUCAAAUCCUUUGACUACGCAAGAAACAAUUACAAAUUCUGAAGCAAAUUAUUUGUUUAAAUUGUAUACAGUUCCUGAUUAUCAGACACAUCUUGGUUUAUUGUCAUCAGAUUCAGCAAGUGACGAAAACUAGUUAACCAACUACUGUCGGUUACUGAAGAAUCUGAAGUGCACGAAUAAACGAGCAUAUAACAAUUAAAAUUAAAUAUAAUAAUAUUUUAUAUCUUCUAAUUA